CGCAAUAUUGCUUCGUAGAAGCUCUUCAUUUGUUCUGCCUUUUCUGCAGUCAAGACCCAAAUUCGUCGCCGCCGCCGCCAUCACCGCCAUUUUGUUUUUCCUUAGAUCGAUUUUCUGAGUUUGCACGUCUUUCUUCCGUUCUCCCCUUCUUUUAGCGUCAAUAGACAUUGGGCGCCGCAACCGCCAUUGGACAAGACAGUCUGUGGGCGCCUGCCUCCCCCUUUCCGUCCUUCAUUCUCCACCUCUCUCUCCAUUAAAUAGCCCAAAAUCAAGGGGUUUGGUAGAUUUCAUUUACCAAUCUGAUCUGUUGCAGGUGUUGUCUUUUGCUUAACUAUGGAGGAAGAAAGGAUAAAGGUAUUAUCAUUUCCAUCGGAUAGCCCUCCACUCUCCAUCAUUGCCGCCGCUAAGAUUGCGGGAAUUGCUUUACCGACUCAGACUUCAACAUCUGGAUCUCUCACUUUGUCUUUCUCAAAUGGGCUUGAAUUGCAUGGAAAUUACGUAAUUCUCCGUUACAUUGGUCGAGUUGCUGCCAUUCGUAAUUUCUAUGGUGAUGAUGCUUUCCAUGCUGCCCAAAUUGAUGAGUGGCUGGAGUAUGCUCCUACCCUUUUAUUGGGUUCUGAGUUUGAGAAUGCUUGUAGUUACAUGGACAUAUAUAUGGAGAAACGCACAUUUUUCGUUUCUCAUUCUUUCUCCAUUGCUGACAUAGCUAUCUGGUCUGGUCUUGCUGGAGCUGGUCAAAGAUGGGAAAGCUUGAGGAAGUCAAGCAAGUACCGAAACCUUGUUCGCUGGUACAAUUCUGUUUCUGCAGAAUACAGCGAUGCCUUGAAUGAAGUUACUGCAUUGUAUGUUGGCAAAAAAGGAUUGGGAAAGCAGGUGGCAGCUAAACCAAAAGAGCAAAAGAGUGCUGAUGGAAAUAGUUCUGAUAAGGUGAACUUAGGUAGCAGGCCCUCAUCUGAAAUAGAUCUUCCUUAUGCUGAAUUGGGAAAGGUGCGAUUGAGAUUUGCUCCUGAACCUAGUGGUUAUCUCCAUAUAGGGCACUCUAAAGCAGCCUUAUUAAAUCAAUACUUUGCUCAACGGUACCAAGGUGAAGUAAUCUUGCGCUUUGAUGAUACCAAUCCCACCAAAGAAAGCAAUGAAUUUGUAGAAAAUCUUAUAAAAGAUGUUGAGACAUUGGGCAUCAAGUAUCAAAAGAUCACCUAUACUUCCGAUUACUUCCCUAAGUUAAUGGAUAUGGCUGAAAAGUUGAUAAAGGAGGGGAAAGCCUAUGUGGAUGAUACGCCACGUGAGCAAAUGCAGAAAGAAAGGAUGGAUGGCAUUGAAUCAAAAUGUAGGAGCAACAGUGUUGAGGAGAAUUUAAAGUUAUGGAAGGAAAUGAUUGCUGGCUCUGAAAGAGGUUUGCAGUGCUGUCUUCGUGGGAAGCUGGACAUGCAAGACCCAAACAAAUCUCUCAGGGAUCCAGUUUACUACCGCUGCAAUCCUGUUCCCCACCAUCGAAUUGGAGCCAAGUACAAGUUGUAUCCAACAUAUGAUUUUGCUUGUCCAUUUGUUGAUGCUGAAGAAGGUAUAACACAUGCACUACGAUCUAGUGAGUAUCAUGAUCGCAAUGCUCAGUACUAUAGGAUUCAAGAGGAUAUGGGAAUGCGGAAGGUACACAUAUACGAGUUUAGUCGAUUGAAUAUGGUCUAUACACUUCUCAGUAAGCGUAAGCUUCUCUGGUUUGUGCAAAACGGUAAAGUAGAUGGAUGGGAUGAUCCCCGUUUCCCAACUGUCCAAGGAAUUGUUCGUCGAGGUCUGAAAAUAGAAGCCUUGAUACAAUUUAUUUUGGAACAGGGGGCAUCAAAAAAUCUCAACCUGAUGGAAUGGGACAAACUCUGGACAAUUAAUAAGAAGAUCAUCGAUCCUGUUUGUCCUAGGCAUACAGCAGUAAUUGAAGAACGAAAGGUACUAUUGACCUUAACUGAUGGUCCUGAUGAGCCAUUUGUUCGUAUUAUCCCAAGGCAUAAGAAAUAUGAUGGUGCUGGAGAGAAAGCAACCACUUUUACUAAGAGGAUAUGGAUAGACUAUGCUGAUGCAGAGUACAUCUCAGUGAAUGAGGAGGUAACAUUAAUGGAUUGGGGAAAUGCCAUCGUGAAAGAAAUAAUCAAGGAUCAGGAUGGAAACAUAACUCAGUUGGUAGGUGUUUUGCAUCUUCAAGGAUCUGUCAAGACAACAAAAUUGAAGCUCACGUGGCUUGCAGAAACUAGUGAACUUGUAAACCUUUCCUUGGUGGAGUUUGAUUAUCUAAUAACAAAGAAGAAGCUGGAAGAAGGGGAGGAUUUCCUAGAUGCACUAAACCCAUGUACGAAAAAGGAGACAGCAGCAAUUGGAGAUUCCAACAUCCGCAAUUUGAAACAAGGAGAGAUAUUGCAGCUGGAGAGGAAAGGCUACUUCAGAUGUGAUGUUCCCUUUGUUAGACCUUCAAAACCAGUGGUGUUGAUCGCAAUUCCAGAUGGGCGGCAACAAAGCAUGUUGAAGUAGGUCUUUUACCCUAUCUUUAUUCUGAUCUGUAGAGUGCGGGGAAGUUCCUCCAACUCUUUUCUGGCUAAUACUUGGACAUGCGUAUCUAUGACAAUUUUUGGUGUAACAUUGUGGUUCCUGUUUGUUUUAUGAUCAUUAUGAACAAAUGUGUGGGGGUCUCUCACCUGUUAGAGAAAUAUGCAAUGUGCCACUUUCCGUUGCAGUUCAACAUGGUAUUUAUUAAAGCUUAUAUUGAUCACAA